UGUAGAAACCAGGAAGUCAAGGAAGUAGUUGGCAGAAUAAAAAUUGAACAUGUAGUUAAAGGGGAAAUAAUGAAGUUAAAACGAGUUUUGUAAAACAAGGUCAAUCUUAUGUUGAUGUGUCGGACCAUGUCCUCCAGUGCUGGAAUUCAGAUACCGAACCGUCUGCCGCUGCUGCUGACCCAUGAAGGGGUGCUCCUCCCGGGCUCUACCGUCCGGUUCAGCGUGGACUCUCCACGGAACAUGCAGCUGGUCAGCCAGCGGCUGCUGAAGGGGACUUCACUGAAAAGCACAAUCAUUGGAGUGAUUCCUAACACCAGAGACCCAGAGCACGACACCGAUGACCUCCCCACGCUGCACAAAAUCGGUACAGCAGGGAUAGCGGUGCAGGUGGUAGGCAGUAACUGGCCAAAGCCCCACUACACUCUCCUCAUCACUGGAUUGUGCCGCUUCACCGUCACAAGUCAGCUUCAGGAGCGGCCCUUUGUCUUGGCCGAGGUGGAGCAGUUGGAUAAACUGGAACAGUACACGACCCCAGUACCAGAGGGGGUCACGGCAGAAGAUGGAGAGCUGGGGGAGCUGUCCCAGAAGUUCUACCAUGCUGCAGUACAGUUGUUAGGUAUGUUGGAUAUGUCCGUUCCAGUAGUGGCCAAGUUCAGGCGUCUGUUGGACAGUCUUCCAAGAGAAACUCUUCCGGAUGUGGUGGCCUCCAUGAUUCGCACAUCCAACAAGGAGAAACUUCAGGUCCUGGAUGCAUUGAGCUUGGAGGAGCGGUUUAAAAAAGCUCUGCCCAUGUUGAACAGGCAGAUAGAGGGACUCAAACUGCUGCAGAAAACCAGGAAGAGAAGUCCUGACAACGAGAAGAGGGUGUUAUCAGUGCGCAAAGGCGGAGUGCUCCCAGGCCGACAGUUUAAUCUGGAUGAGGAGGAUGAAGAUGAGGAUGGUAACGACACAGCUGCCUUGGAGAGGAAGGUCCACGGGGCCAACAUGCCUGAAGCUGCACUCAAAGUCUGUCUCAAAGAGCUCAAGAGAUUGAAGAAGAUGCCUCAGUCCAUGCCCGAGCACGCCCUGACCAGAAACUACUUGGAUCUGAUGGUAGAGUUGCCGUGGAGCAAAAGCACUAAAGACUGCCUGGACAUUGGAGCCGCUCGUACUCUAUUGGACAACGAUCACUAUGCCAUGGACAAGCUGAAGAGACGUGUGCUGGAAUACCUGGCUGUCAGACAGCUUAAGACUACACUGAAGGGCCCCAUCCUCUGCUUUGUUGGGCCCCCAGGAGUCGGUAAGACGAGUGUGGGACGCUCCAUAGCCAGGACUCUGGGGAGAGAGUUUCACCGCAUUGCUCUGGGAGGAGUCUGUGAUCAGUCUGACAUCCGAGGACACAGACGUACGUAUGUAGGAAGCAUGCCGGGACGCAUCAUCAACGGUUUGAAGACAGUGGGUGUCAAUAAUCCGGUGUUCCUCCUGGACGAAGUGGACAAACUGGGGAAAAGCCUUCAAGGAGACCCUGCAGCUGCUCUACUAGAGGUCCUGGACCCCGAGCAAAAUCACAGCUUCACAGAUCAUUACCUCAACGUGGCCUUCGACCUCUCCCAAGUGCUCUUCAUCGCAACUGCAAACACCACUGCCAGCAUUCCCCCUGCCCUGCUGGACCGGAUGGAAGUGCUGCAGGUUCCAGGCUACACUCAAGAGGAGAAGGUGGAGAUAGCUCACCGUCACCUGAUCCCAAACCAGCUGGAGCAGCACGGAUUAACACCUCAACAGCUGCAUAUACCACAGGACACCACUCAAAACAUAAUCAGCAGGUACACCCGUGAGGCAGGUGUGCGCUCCCUGGAGAGGAAGAUCGGGGCCAUCUGUCGAGCGGUGGCUGUAAAGGUUGCUGAAGGUCAUAGGGUUGCUAAGACAGAGGAAGCUGUGACACCUGAGGGCUCAACACAGCAGGGGGACACGGCGGCGCCUCCAGAGAUGCCCAUAUUGAUCGACCACAUCGCCCUGAAAGACAUCCUGGGACUUCCUCUGUUUGAGAUGGAGGUGUCUGAGCGGCUCACCCUGCCCGGCGUGGCUCUGGGUCUUGCCUGGACCCCUCUGGGUGGUGAGAUCAUGUUUGUGGAGGCGAGUCGGACCGAGGGAGAGGGUCAGCUCACUCUGACAGGACAGCUGGGGGACGUCAUGAAAGAAUCUGCCCAUCUGGCUAUAAGCUGGCUCAGAGCAAACGCUAAGACCUACCAGCUCACCAACAUAACAGGAGGUUCAGAUCCACUAGAAGGAACAGACAUCCACCUCCACUUCCCUGCUGGAGCUGUCACUAAGGAUGGCCCCUCUGCGGGUGUUACCAUAGUAACCUGCCUCGCCUCACUGUUUAGUGGCAGAUUGGUCAGAUCGGACGUUGCCAUGACGGGAGAGAUCACGCUCAGAGGCCUGGUGCUGCCGGUGGGCGGGAUCAAGGACAAGAUCCUGGCAGCUCACAGGGCAGGAGUGAAGCGCGUCAUCCUCCCCAAACGCAACGAGAAGGACCUCGAGGAGCUUCCAGCCAACGUCCAAGUGGACCUCGACUUCGUCACAGCUGGAAACCUGGACGAGGUUCUGAAUGCCGCCAUCGACGGAGGUUUCCCAGGAACAGCCAGAUCCUGCACACAACCGCAGCUGAGCAGCAAACUGUAACACUGAGGACAUGUGAAGUGAGGAAAGUGUUGUUGAAUUGUCCUGAUACAGGGGAGUGUCAUGUUUCACCUUUGACCUCUCAGUGUGGUUGGUCUUAUGCUGCUAUGCAGCUGCAGGAAAUAUCAGUCAGUUUAAACCCUGACGAGUCCUGUUAUUGAUCUCGAACUGUGUUUGAAGAUGUUUCUAUUUGUCAAAGGGUAAUUUCCAAUAGAAGGGAUUAUGUGAUGUUAAUGAAGCAGUACUCAGAGUUAAGCUUGAAAGAUGUGCAGAACAGCUCUCUCGUAUGAAUUCAUGAGCUAGAUUAAGAUAAUGGCAGCUCUGAGCGUUGCUGUGUAAGUGCCUUUAAGGGUUCAGUCUCAGUUAUCUUCCAGACUGACUGCUGUUAUCUUGGAUGUUUAGCCAGGCAACAUGAAGAAGAGCUGGUGAGACCUAUGAUUGAGUUUGAUUAAUUCAGUUUGUGCUGAACAAUAAUAGAAAAGCAGACUGCUGAGAGGGUUCAUGUAUGUGAGGAUAGAAGCUAAUGAUGAAUCUAAUCACUGUGUUUAAUCACCUUAAGUGAUGUAACUUGAUGUCACCUGAUUGGUGAAUGUAUUUUCCUGUGAACGAAGAUUUUUAAUUUUAAUAGUUGUACCUCACAUUAAGUUUGACGGCAUGGUAUCGGUUAGAAAUCUGAAACCGUCUCAAACAUGAGGUGAAGGGCUCAGUGAGAGGGAGUGGAGCCAAUCUGUUGUAUAACGGGUUGAUUAUUAACAAUGAAUUGUGAGCAUAUAUGUUUUAAAAAGCUUUAACAUUCAGAGACUUUGAAUACACAGCUCUUAAUGUCAAACUACAACAAUAUGCACUUGUAUCCUGUAAAAUAAUUAAUUAAUUAAAGAUACUAAAAUUCCUAAAAAAAAAAGGCUUCUUACUCAUUCAUUCAGAUUGUUUUUGUGCUUUCACUUCUACAAAAUUCACACCUGUAUCAGAUGGUAUCCCUGUGUGUGUUUUCUACAUGUAUUUGUGCUGAGUUCACCCUGAAGCAGAAGAAAAAUCCAUAUUUUACCUUUGUGUCCCAGAUGUGAUUUUCUCUCUCUUCCCUGUAGUAAAGCUACAUGAAACACCA